AUGAAGAUCACGCUACGUGUGCAAUACCAGGGGGCCAGAGCGCGCGAAUUUGCUGAACUAAAGGAUGACAAGUCUUCACCUUCCACGUAUAUUCAAAACCUGGAGAAAGAUCUUGGUCGAUUCUCAAUCCCGGCACCGGAGUCUACAAUUCCAGUAUGGCUCACUGGAUUCGUAAUGUGUCGCUGGGAUACCCCGAAGAACAGCGAACUACAUAAGGCUAUCCGCCACGGAUUCCAAGAGGCUUGUAGGUCGAAACCCUCAUUAGACAGAAGGCUUAUCAAGUAUAUGCUAUUACAAGACGGCGAAGAGAAGCAUUCAACCCUGUACUCCAGAAUAUUCAGAUCUUCAACAUCAGUCGGAUUCUCUACUCUUCUCCGUAUGCCUGGAUCUCCGGUCAAACCAUCGUCGACCCUGGGCUCCAGGAUCUAUCCACAUACAUUAGGCAAGGCUCCUCGAUUUCCCACCUCAAUAUCAACAGCAAGGCGAACACGGUUUUCGUCCCCAAUUUCUAGACCAUCUAAUUUUUCUGGGUCACUUGCUUCGAAACUCAGUGGCGGACUCGAAAGUGAAGCAUUAAGCGCAAACACAAUUCGACGACUCGCCAACCCACAUAGGAAAUUGAGUGAGCCAGCAUUAGACACUUUGGACGCCACAGAACAGACACUGCGAAGGCUGAGCGAAUCUUCGGCAGUGCAGAGUCUUCUUCGCAAUAAUAGCACCGAUAGUGUCGUGGUCAAGACAGAACCGGUGUCACCUGUGCGUCCCCGUGCUCCUGCGGCACGACAGAUCUCUCCACAUUCAACACAUGCCUCUGGGUCGUCUCACCCUGUGGCUGAGCGUGCGCCACUUGGACUCAAAGUGGAACCACCGACAACUUCCACUGCCUCAUCUUCCGUCUUGUCUUCCUUCACGAUGAAACGCCCUACCCGCUUUAGUGACACCCCGAAGACAUCAAUGACAUCGUCAAGCUUGUCUAGGGAAAACUCUCAUACUCUCACUCGCGAACUCUGGGAUGUCCGACGGCAAAUAACCGCGCUUAAAGCACGUGAAGAUAGCCUUCUACAGGAGUUGCGCCAUCCACGCCCCAAGGUUCCCGAUGGACCUAUUGAUAGCAGGACCGAUUUGCCAGAUGGGAAUCGGGACGUGGACGAGGAGAUAACCUUAAUGCGCGUGCAAUUACGGCGCGAAUCCACAGAUCGGUAUGCGGCAGAGUCGAUGCUACAGGAAGAGCGGCGUAGACGCAAGCAAGCUGAGGGCAUAGUGGACGAUUGUCGCAGAGAGUGCAGCGCGCCGUUCGUAGUUCCAGCCCUCAUGGAUGCAUUCGUCAAGCUCGCGCAACUCACUGGGGAGGUGAUCACGGAAGUGGAGGGGGGUACCUCCGCGUCGGGGUGGUAG